AUGAGCUCCAUCUUCUCAGAGCUCCGCCGCUCAGAGAGACUACUGCCGGUGGAAGACAACGCCUCAUUUCAGCGCAUCUCCUCUUGGCAGCCACUCUUUGUGGACCCCAAACAACAAUCCGCACUCUACGAACAUGUUACAUUUUUUAGAAGCAAUAAACAAAAGAACUCAAAGUGGAUGCACACAGUGCGAUCGUCUCGUGUAUCGACACGUCAAGUUCCAUUCAUCUCUCUUGCAGUAACGAAACAUAAUACUAACACCAAUGCCCAUACCACUAGUAGUAGUAAUAGUAAUACUCGAUCUGCUAAAACAAUAGAGGAGGAAAAGACUGGAAUAACAGGAACAAUAAUGGAUGAUAAUAAUGAUUAUGAAAAUACUAAUGACAUGCCGCGAUUACAUGUAUGCCAUCAGCUUUUAGCGGCGUUAGCACCAUAUGAGACUCUUAUGUGUCCUACACUUCUUUUCAGUCCUUUUAGACCAUCGUUUGCCAAACGGAUGUCACUAGUCGCAGCACAACUCUCUCUUCCGGCACAUGAGGUGUUUCUCUUUGUCUCUAUGAUGUUAGUAUACUUGGAUGUAACACUCUCGAUAACAGAACCAAAACCACUAAGCUUUCAGGAACUCACAGACACACUAAAUGAACGGUUUAUGGAUGAUUUUAAGACCUUAGGAGAUAAAGAGGAAGAUGAUAAGAAAAAGAAUGAAGAUCCACGACAAAAAUCAUUUAUUACAUUAUUACGAAGAUCCAUUGAGUUAUGGAAAGAACGACGGGAAGCAACUGUGACGGCAUUUUCACCAUUAGGAACUCUUGCAACAGCACUCUGUUUGCGUGAUAUUCACGACACAACCUAUCAUGCAUUUGUACCUUGCGCCCCUCGUGGGACUAAACGGUCUGAACACCCAUUUAAACUUCCACCAUUACCAGAUGAUGUCCUUGUUUCUCGAUUUGUUCCAGCAUGGGAGAAUAUUCUACAUGCUGCACGUCGUGAUGUUUCAGUAUUGGCUACAUUGCAACAACACUUAUUAAAGCAAUUACGAAAUCCAGCAGAUAGUCUCUCACACAUGCAGCAUCCUACAAUGGGUGGUAAUAUCUUUACAUCCCUCAACAUCCUACCUCAUAGCAAAGAGGAAUUGGCAGAUAUUGUCUGCCGUCUCGGUUCCUCUCUUUGGUUUUCAUCCGCUUUUGCAAAAAGUAUAGUGCUAUCCAAAGCACAACUGCAGUUUGUUUCCAAGACUAUACAGGAUGAAUUUUUUGCGACAUCACUGCGUUUACGUCACCGCGGUGUACAGGAGAUGCGUGUGCGGCGUAUGAACUUAACGGAUCUCGCGUUAACCGUCAUACAAGACGAUGGACGAGAGGCGGAAGUGGGACGCCCUGCAGGGUUUGUAAAGGGACGUACAGCAAUGGGUGAUACUGGUGUAAACACAGAUGAUGUCUUUGACAAGAGUAGUGAUAAUAACAAAAGUAAAGGUAAUUUGCCUUUGUGGGUGGUGGCGGAAAGUGGUCUUGAUGUUUUUCAGACAUUUGUACAACAUUUACUCAAGAGUGGGAAACCCACCACUUCUCUGAUGUUGACAGCAUCUCAGACUAAUGACAAUAGUACCACCAACAAAGAAAAAGAUGAAGAAGGAAAGAAAAAUAAGAUGGAGAAGAAGGAGGAACAGCAGUUUAUUCUCUUAACACGCGCAGAGGAGGGAGUUCUACAUCGUAUCUUCCAAAGCCACCGGAAUGCCCUGCAGCUCGCGGGUUGUGGUAUUCAACAAUUAUUACUGCGAGUGGGGGAUGGUCAAACAUUUCUAAAGCGUGUCUGUGGUGCUCUCAUUCCGUGGGAUAUUUGGGACUGUUACGAUGAGGCCUCGCAGCGAUCGCAACUUCGACGGCCUGUGCGCAUUGUGAUGGCCGAUGCUCCACUGCCGCUGCCGGACGGUGUACUCCCAACACGAGUGACCCUGCGGGGCGUGCGUGGGAUGGUCCAACACUACUGGAAGGCACUUCUCACGGAGAGACGCCGCACGGCAUCUUCACGGCGUCCCGCCCUCACGAGCACCACACUUUUCCCGAUUGAUAAGUUGGUCGCGUUGUAUGUACUCCGACACCAUCCACAGUACUACACACGAAUGCGGGGAUGCGGUAUUGUGGAGGUGUGCGUGCAACAGAAACGAUGUCAAACAGGCAGUAGAACACAGUUUGCAACUCUAGGAGGUGAGGGGGAAACAACAACAACAUCCACAGCAACAACAACAGGAAGAGGAAGAGGAAGAAAAGAAGAAAUAGAAGAAGAAGAUGAUGAAAGUGGAAUGAUGAUGGGAACCACUUGUGAGUAUGCACCUACGCUUGCUAUUAUACAUCCCUGUGGUGGUGUGACGGUCUUUGCAUAUGAGGAUUGUUUCACUCCCGUUACAGGCACACUGAACCGACCACAAUUACUCGAUGAUGGCAAUGAGACAAUAGACACAACUUGGUGCUCGUCAGCACCCUCGCGGAAACGUGCCCACUCACCGUGA